AUGUCAUCUAUUGUUUUUGAAAAUAAAACAUUAUUCGAAUCUUUUUCUAAUGCUUGGAAUAAUAUUGGAAACAUAUAUCCUCAACUUUCUUUGAUAGAACGUCUAUGGUCAACGUGGUAUACCUAUAUACAAAAUGAUACACUUGCCACAGGUAUUAUGUCAUUUAUGAUUCACGAAAUCGUAUAUUUUGGACGAUGUCUUCCAUGGGUUAUUAUUGAUGCUAUUCCCUAUUUCAGACGAUGGAAGUUACAAGCUGGAAAAGUACCAACAUUUAGAGAACAGUGGAGUUGUACAAAGUUGGUUCUUAUUUCACAUUUCACUGUUGAACUUCCGCAAAUUUGGCUUUUUCAUCCACUUACUCAGUAUUUUGGAAUGUCUAUUGCUACACCAUUUCCUAAUCUUUCAAAAAUGUUUCUUCAUAUUCUUAUUUUUUUUAUCAUGGAAGAUACUUUUCAUUAUUGGGCUCAUAGAGCAUUGCACUGGGGACCAUUAUACAAACAUAUCCACAAGCUUCAUCACAAAUACUCUGCACCAUUUGGUCUUGCAGCAGAGUAUGCGCAUCCUGCAGAAGUUCUAAUUCUUGGACUUGGAACUAUUGGAAGUCCCAUUCUUUGGUGUUUUUUUACAGGAGACCUUCAUCUUUUUACAGUCUAUAUAUGGAUUACUUUAAGGCUCUUUCAAGCUAUAGACGCGCAUUCAGGCUAUGAUUUUCCAUGGAGUUUAAAUAAAUUUAUUCCAUUUUGGAGUGGAGCAGAGCAUCAUGAUGCACAUCACGAGAUAUUUGUAAACUGCUAUUCUACUAGUUUUAGAUGGUGGGAUCAUUUUAUGGGUACAGAUAAACGCUACAAAGCACUUCGAGAACGUCAAGCAUCUAUGAAAAAAGUAAAACUUAAAAACAAAAAAAGUACAUAA